AUGGAUAAUCCCAGCGAGAAAAGAUUGAACGAAGCAGAGAGGCAAUUAUUAGAGCAGAGCGAGGCUGAAAAAUCUUUAUUGACGAUUAAUAAUGAAAAAGUGUCAAAGCUUAUAGACAACCUUGAACAAGAGCUAAAAGAUAAAUCUCAGAAAAUUACAGAGCUUGAAGAAUAUAAAUUAAGCUUACUCCCUUAAAAUUGAGCAAAUUGCUAAUUCUUUAUUAAGUUCUCCUAUUUUAUGAAACAAAAUUUUAAUUCAAAAAUAAUAGCUUUGAUACCCAAUUUAUUGCAAAAUUGAAAAUCCGCCUAUAUCUUAAAGGAAGGUGAUAAGAAUGCUAUUAAAACAAGUUGGCACUUUGAAUCAGCAAAUUUUAUAAAAAUACUUUUUUAUGAAAGUGCUUCUUAUUUUUCAUAAUUUUUACUCUGAAUAAUAUCGCUUUUUUAAUAAUUACUCACUUUAUUGGAGUUAGAAAAACUAUUUAAAUUACAUGAUUCACUUUUUGACCAAAAAGACAAAGAAAUCAGCAGCAUCCAUAACGAAAUUGCAGUCCUAAACCAAUCUCUGGCCCAAUGCAAAGAAGAGCUAAAACAAAAAGAGCUAGAAUAUGGCAUUAACUCCAACACUCUAAAUAAAAAAUUGAAUGAAUAUAUAGUAAAGACUUCAGGGCUCGAAACAGAUUUACACUUCAGCAAAGAAGAGAACAAGACUCUAGAAAUUUCUUUAAAUGAAAAAAUAAGAGCCUACAAAGAGCUUGAAAUAGGCUAUGAAACACUAUUGAAAAAUCAUCAGCAAGAAAUAAAGGUUUUGCAUAGCCAAGUUAUUGAAAGCGUAGAACUCUCCCCAAUUAAAGAAAAAACUAUAUUAAAAUGCGAAAAAGAAAUCCAGUGUAGUGAAGAAUUCGAAGAAAAAGCACAAGAAUUUGUUCUGCCUACAGUUGAUGACCAAUCAGUUUAUCAAUUAUCCUGCUUAAAUAAUGAAUAUAAAUUCAAGCUCAGCAAGGCAGAAGAGAAAGCAGAAAUAUUAGAAGAGCAGCUAAAUGAAUUGCUUGAAGAAAUAGAUAGGAAAUCUCCAAUAAUAGCUAAACAAAGAGAAGACUACGAAAAUCUUGUUGGGGCUUAUAAUGAACUUGUAUUAAAAAGUAAAGAGGCUCUUAAAAGUCAAGUAUCGCUACCUGUAAAAGAAGAAAAAAGAAUUAGAGAGCUUGAGCUGCAAAAAGAUGCUUUUAAGAAAGAAAAAGCUACACUGCUUAACACUAUUCAGCAGCUAUUAGUUGAAAAUCAUAGGCUUCAAACAGGAAAUGUUAUUGAGCCAACAGGAUCGUUUGCCAGUAUUCCAGAGCUAAUAAACGAAAACUCCAAACUUAAAAUAGAAAAAGAUGAUAACACAAAUAUUAUAAAUAGCUUAAGAGAAGAAAUAAAAGAAAAGAAUCAAAUUAUAGAGCACAAAGAAAAAGCAGCAAAUGAAGUAAGAGAAGAAAAUUACUAUUUAAAAACAAGGCUAGAUGCUUUGCUAAUUGAAGAAAAACCUACAGAAGAUGUUUCAAUAGAAUCUUUGUUUAUCGAAAAAAAAAAUGAAAAUAAACUGCUAAGGCUUAGGCUUAAUAAAACCAAAAGUGAGCAUAAAUUCUUUGAAGAACACAUUUCUUUUAUGAAGCAGAAAGAGUGUCAUCUUAAUGAAGAAAUUGAAAUUUUGAAAUUCAAAAACAAUUCUUCAAGCAAUUUAGCCUCAAAACUAGAGAAAGAGUCAAAAAGGCAAGCUAUUGAAAUUUUAUCUUUAAAAGAAAUGAAUAAAAAACUACAGCAGCAAGUAGAAGAGCUAAGCAAAGAGAAAAUUGAUAUAUUAGAAGCCAAGAAAAAAAUUGAACAAAAACAGUCAAAAAAUAGCUUUGGGAAUGCUGCAUCUUUAACUUCUGAAAAAAAUAGCUAUUUGAAUAUGCAGAAUUUUUAUAUAAAUAUGGUUGCAUUUUUGAAUCAUUUUUUGGCAAAUAUAUUUGUUGGCUAUUUAAGGAAAAUUCCUAUAAUAAUGAGAGACAGCUUGUAUCGGAGUAUCAAAAAUGAAAAGAAGACAUCAUGAAGCUGAAUUCUGAAAUCGAUAAAUUGGAUGUAUAUAAAUUUAAUCCUGCUUUAGAAGAAGUUAAAGCUGAACUAAAUGAAACUAAAGUAAAGCUUCAAAAAAUGCAGGAAGCACUAUCUUCUGAGCUGAAAAUAAAAGAAAAACUAAUAAAACAAAUAAGAGGGCAGAGAAAAAUAGACAUGAAAGCUGAAAACGCUGAAAUGGUUGCUUCGGAGUUGAACUCUUCAAAUAUCAAAAUUCGAGAACUCGAAAGCAGGCUAAAGGAAAUAGAAAUUGAUAAAGAAAAGCAGUCAUCUGAAACCAAAAAGCAGAGGGAUGAUCUUGAAAACAUCCUUAAUCAAACUUUAAAAGCAUUAGAAGAUGAACAAGCCCGAACUAAAAACCUACAAACUCAGUUUGACGAAUACAAAGCACAGUAUGAGAAGCUUGAUGAAGAUAAAAAUGAUUUAUUGGUCAAGCUAGAGCACUAUACAAAUCAUUUCGAACUUCAACAGAAAAUCAGAAACGAAGUCAGAGCAAAGCUGAUUGACCCUGAAAACAAGACCAGACUUCAAGAAGAAUGCAUGAAUUUAAGCCUUGAAAUUGACCAUCUUAAAAAAGAAACCGAUUUUGAAAAAUCCAAGCUCCAAAAUGAGAUCGAAAAUAUGAAACACAAAGAAAAUUCAGAUUUUGAUAAAAUCAAAAACCUAGAAAUAACGCUCUCUAGCAAAGAAAAAGACAUAUCACAUCUCAAAGAAGAGCUAGAAGACCUUAGAAAUAAAUCCCCUACAAAGCCUGAGGUUCUUGAGCACUUGAUUGCACUUUUACAUAAAACAAAUAAGAAUUAUCAAUAA